AUGUCCACCACCCAGCACAAGGACCUCUACCUCUUUGGGUUCCCCAUCGCGCACUCUGCCUCACCCAAGUUCCAGAACUUUGUCUUUGAUGGCAUCGGCAGCUCCUCAAAGUUUGCGAUCUGGUCCACUUCCAAGGUGGACCAGAAGAUGUUGGACGAGUUGAGGAGUGACAGCUCGGGUGGUGCCGCUGUGACCAUGCCCCUCAAGACUGAGAUCAUUCAGCACUUGGACGAGAUCUCCCCCGAGACAUAUGCGACUGGCGCGUGCAACACCAUCGUCCGCGUCACCGGCGACGACGGCAAGGUCAAGCUCGUGGGCACCAACACUGAUUUCCUCGGUGUGCGCAACUCGCUGCUCUCUGCUCUCAGUGUCCAGCACCCCUCGGUCCACAUUGGCACCACUGCUCGCUAUACUCCAGGCCAGGCCUCUGGUAUGGUCAUUGGCGGCGGUGCUACCACCCGCUCGGCCGUGCAUGCCCUCUACACCCUCGGCAUGAACCCCAUCUUCCUGGCCAACCGCGACGCCAAGGAGGUGCACGACACCAUUGCCCACUUUGAGUCAAAGUCCAAGGCCGACGACCCCAACCGCCUCCGUCUGAUCCACCUCACCAGCGUCGACCAGGUCGAGAGUCUCCUCGGCCCCACCGCAUCGGACCGCCUGCCCGGCGUCGCCAUGAUCGUCGGUGCCAUCCCCGCCAUUGCACCAAAAUCGUUCGAGGAGCGCAUGGUCUACACCAUCGCAACCCACAUCUUCACCCUCCCCUUUGUCGCCGGCACCGAAACCACCGCCGACUCCCUCCCCGUCCCCUCCCCACGCAUCUUCCUCGACAUGGCAUACAAGCCCCGCAUGACGCCUCUGUUGAAGAUUGGCAAAGCUCUGGGUUGGCAGGACGUCGGCGGCAUCCAGGCCAUGAUUGAGCAGGGCCUCGCCCAGCAGCGCAUGUGGUUGAAGGGCACAGCCAGCGCCGCCGUCGCGUCUGACGAGUCCUUGCUGCCUGCCGAGACGGUGCGCAAGGUGAGGGAGUUUAUCGAAAACCUCCCGGACAUCAUCCCCGAGGGCCCCGAGGUUGACAGGUCAAAGGAGUAG